AUGGCCUCUCACGAACAAGAUGACCACAUGCCUGAGGAGACUCAGGGCUACAAGCUCUCCCAGCCCAAGCAAAGUCUGGCUGAAUACCAAAACAUGGAUGCCAAUGAUGAGUCUCUACAGAGAUACAAGCAGUCGCUGGGACUCAGCGGCGGUGCCGACCUGUCGGAUCCCAAUGACAAGCGAGUGUGUAUCAUCAAGAAGCUGUCCAUGGAGUCUCCUGGACGUGAGGCCGUCACUAUCGACCUCUCCGCUCCCGGCAGCGAGACAACACUGAAGGACAAGCCCUUUAAGAUCAAGGAAGGCUCCAAGUUCACCAUGGUUGCCGAGUUCCAGGUACAGCACGAGAUUCUUAGCGGCCUUCAGUAUGUCCAGAUUGUCAAGCGCAAGGGCAUCAAGGUUAGCAAGGACUCUGAAAUGCUGGGCAGCUACGCUCCCAACACGGAUAAGCAGCCUUUGUACACCAAGCGCUUCCAAGAGGAAGAGGCACCCUCUGGUAUGCUGGCCCGAGGCCACUACAACGCAAUCUCCACCUUCGUGGACGAUGACAAGAAGCAGCAUCUCCAGUUUGAGUGGUCUUUCGACAUUGCCAAGGAUUGGUAA